AUGAGCACGUACAGGACCUUCAAGCUCCAGCGCGACGGGCUGGACCUGAGGAGCUGCAGAGUGGGCCCCAAGUCCCCGUUUCCCUCCAUGGGGAUCAUAUGCCUGGCCUCGUUCCUGCUGCGAGUGCCUCCGCGUCCCACCGAAGCAACGUACUGGACCGGGCUGAUGUUCACGGAGCGCCCAGACGCCCCCCGGACCGAGUUCGACCACGACGCCAAGGUGCUCCUCGUGCAGACGGACCCGUUCGGGACUCCUCGGGCCGACCGCAUGACGGCGGACAACCACGAGACCGAGUGGGUGAGCGUCGACAUGUCGGAGCUGGUCGAAAACUACAGGGCGUUCCUGAGGCCCACCGACGGCCACGGCAAGAGUCGCAAGAGUCGUGCUGCGCGGCCCACCUGGUAUCUGGGGGACCACGAGCCCGCGUUCCACCGCACGACGCAGCGCGCCUUCCAGUCGCACAAGGCGCUCUGCGACAUGGUCGACCGGCUCCUCAUCGGCUCGAUCUUCAAGCGGUCCUCAGAGGCGGACUGCGCGCACCCGGUCGAGUCGCUGCCCGCGCACAUCCUCGAGACGCUCCGGCCGCGCGGGACGGGCCGGAAGUGGUCCUACAAGGCCAGCUCGCGAAUCGCCGCGCUCAACGCGGCCGCCCGGGCCAGCCAGACGCCCUACCGCACCCCGAAACGUGUGCGGGAGGACAGCGACGUUAUCGACGUGGACGGUGUCUCGCCGUCGCGCGACUCCUCCGGGGAGUACCUCCCGAAGUGCGGGCUGCUCGGCGAGCACGCGAGCCCGCGGGACCCCGCGAACCGGUGGGGCGCAGGCGGCAUGUCGCCCAGCGAUGGGGAGGAGGAGCUCCCGCCCGCGCAGGCGGCUGACGACCACCGGAGGCCGACGCGCGAGGUCCGGCACCAGGCCUCGGAGCCGGAGAACCAGGUGUCCGCGUCUGCCGACGACGCUGGCGCGGGGCGCGGGGAGCCGCGCGUGGAGGACGCAGCGCGGCGCUCGGCGCACUCGGAGGGCGGCGGGAGCGGUGCGGCGCCGGGGGCGGGCGACGGGGAGGCGGGGGGCGCGCCUGGGUCGCCCGCCGCGGCGCCGUCCGGCGGCGCUGCGCCGGCGGCGUCGUCGGGGCACAUGUCGCGGCUGCUGGCGAUGUGCCGGCAGCACAUCGCGGAACAGACGGAGAAGAUCCGGCCGCUGAAGGAGACGUGCGACGUGAUGCAGGCCGAGCUGGAGAGCGCGCAGGCGCGGUUCGAUGCCGCGCAGGCGAAGCUGCAGGUGGAGCUGGACGAGCUGCUGCAGCUGCGGGCGACGGAGAGGUUCAUCGAGACGGGGCAGGGCGCGAAGCGCGCGCGGCGCUAG